CCAAACGAAAAAUCGGCCGACAGAACUUGAUGCGGUGCAAUUUAUUUGUUUGAAUUCAUAUAAUAUUUAGAUCAGAAAUUGCAAAUUUUAAAACAUUUACUAAUAUGGAAACUAUUGAAAGUUUGCGUGAAUGUCUAGAAAGCAUUGGAUAUGAUGGCAAACUUCUGAAAGUUGAUGUAUUGCAGAAUGUUGUAAAAUCUGGUCCGAAAUCUGAAGAUUUUAGGGAGUUAAUAUAUUGGAUAGCAAAUGAAAUUCAUGUUUUAUCCCAGACAGAAGAAAAAGUUAAUCCAAAAACAGAGUAUAGUGAAUUUAUGUUAGAAACAUCAGCUUUGCUAAAAGAAGUCGGGUGUCCAUAUGAACAACUUAUUUCUGGUCCUCUAACUGAUAGAUUUCAAACAGAUGAAAGUAAAUUUUUGUUGAUUGAUUUCUUAAUAACAACUUUGAUGACCGCUAAAAUGUGCAUAGCAAUCAACCCAACACAAGAAGAUACAUCUCAUAUAAUAGAAAAAAUAGAAAGCAGAAGUGCUAAGGCUUUGGAAAUAGUAACAAAAGAUUUAGGUUUAGGGAAACCGCCAGACAAUAUAAGUCCCAAAGCACUUUUUGAAAAAAUUAAUAAAAAACUGAUAUUAACUUUAGACAAAGUGGAUAAAAAAGCAUUAGGGGAGCCGCUUUUGAAAACUUCAACACCAUUUACUAAUGAUCAAUGGGCUGAACUUGAAAAAGUUAACAAUGACCUGGAAAAUGAAUAUAAUUUGCGAAAAGAUAUGUUAUUAACAAGAUUAGAUGUAACGGUACAAUCAUUUUUAUGGUCUGAUAAAAUGAAAAUGAAGAAGGAUGAAGUUAUGAAAAUUUAUCAACAGAAGCUGCGUGAAAUAGAAGAGAUGACAAAUGAUUUAGAAAAUGGAUCUUUGGCAGGUUUGAUAGCUGCGAGAACUAACCGUGCGGUUAUUGAAAGAGUAAGUAAUGCUCGAGUAAGAAAAAAUACUUUCAGUGCCAAGGUUCAACGUCAUAUUAUUGGAAAAGUUCCUGACCGUGGGGGUCGAGCGUUUGAGCAUGAUAUUCCUCCCCCAGAAAUGCCAUCCUGGCAGCAGAAUAGAUCCGCAGGUCCUCAAGGUGGUGGAGGUGGAUUUCAAGGAAAUAGAGGUGGUGGCGGCGUUGGUAGUCAAGGAAGAGGGGGUUAUAAUCAAGGAAAUAAUUCGAACUUCCAAGGUGGAGGCAGAGGGGGCCAUGGGCGAGACAAUGUUGGAAAUUCAAGUGGCUAUAAUCAAUCCAAUCAAGGAGGAGGAGGUCGAGGAAACUAUAACCAAGGCGGUGGUGGAGCCUACAAUCAAGGAAGCAAUUAUAAUCAAGGAAGCGGUUAUAACCAAGGAGGCAGUUUUAAUCAAGGAGGUGGUUAUAAUGAAGGAGGUGGUUAUAAUCAAGGUAGUGUGCACACUCAUAAUCAAGGUGGUGGUUAUAAUCAAGGAGGUGGUUAUAAUCAAGGCAGCGGUUAUAAUCAAGGAAUGGGUGACAAUUCUGGUGGCUAUAAUCAAAGUCGAAUUCAAGGAAGGGGAGGCGGAGGAAAUUACGGGAACGAUCACUAUAAAUCAGGUGAUUCGGGAAACAGAAGAGGUGAUCAAGGAUUUAGCAGAGGCCGUUCCAAUUAUAAUCGUGGUGGAGGAAAUCGCUAUUAAAAUGAAUUUGACUGGAUACAAAAUUAAAAUUCAAAGUUAAGCAUAAAUUAAGUUAAAUAUUUUGAGUAUGUAUUUAUAAUUUAACCUCGAAUGAAAUACAAAAAAGGAAUAUUAAAAAACAAAAAUUGGUUAUUUCAUCUCCACUGUACAAUUUUUAUUUCAUAUACAAAAAAAUUAUAAACUACUGAAAUUUACUAAGUUCAUCUUUCAAUUUGAAAAUUUCUUCUUUUAAAUUACUAAUUAUACAUAAAUGUUUAAUUUUUUCUUUUUCAGCCUCCUUUUUCAGCUUUAUCAUUUCGUUUUCGUAGAUUUUUUUAACAUUUUCACUGCCGUCAAUUUCUGGAAACUCUAAAGACCUUUCCAUGUUGUCUUCCAAAGAAUUAUAAAUAUCAUCCUCAACAUUAAAAUUUAUUU